UUGCUCAACCUGUAAUUAUACUAUGAGUAUGACAAAGCCAUAAAGGUGGUGGUAAAAGCUCAUGUCCAUUUAGUUAAUGCUUUUAAAAUUUGUUCACCAUCUGUAUUCCUUUUCAACACUAGCAGGUGUGUCUGAGAACCGAGAGUGAGUGUGACACGACGAUGAGGAACAAAGCUUUGCUUUCACUUGCUUCUGCUUCUUCGCCAUUUUUAGUUAUUCUUCCUUGUUUUCCCCCUCUUUUUAUUUCUCCUUUUCCAUUUCUAUUUCUAUUUCAUUCCCGAUCUUACUCUUAUCGUUCCAAACGUUUUCAUUUUCAUCUUAAUGUUGAUGAUGAUGACCCCAAAUUGUUUCUGAAAUUUGUUAGACAACAAUCCAAAUUAGGGUUUACUAAUGUUGAAACCCCCCUUUCCCAUUUCCACCAUAUGAUAUCGAUGCGACCUCUUCCUUCUAUAAUUGAUUUCUGUAUGUUAUUGAGUGCCAUGUCCAAGAUUAAACCCCACCCCCCUUUCUCCACUGUCAUUUCUCUUUAUAGACAACUCCAUUUGUUAGGUGUUCGCCCAAAUGAUUACUCCCUUACCAUCCUUGCUAAUUGCUACUGUCUUUUGAACUUUGUUGAUUUUGGGUUCUCUGUGCUCGCCAACAUUAUUAAACUUGGUUUUCAGCCUAGUAUUGUCACCUUUAAUACCCUCAUUAACGGCUUCGUUCAUACUCAUCAGUUGGACAAAGCUGUUCCUUUAUUGGAUAAAAUUCUCAAGCUUGGCUACCAACCCACAUUAAUCACCUAUGGCUCUAUCUUCAAAGGUCUAUGUAGGUCCGGUGAUAAUGCCGGUGCUCUCAAACUCCUCAGAAAUAUGGAGUCUUAUGGCCAUUCUAUGCCUAAUGUUGUCAUUUACAACACCAUCAUUGAUAGUCUCUGUAAAGACCAGUUAUUACCUCAGGCUCUCCGCCUUUUCAAGGAGAUGAAAGUCAAGGGAAUUUCCCCUGAUGUUGUCACCUUUAAUACCUUAAUUCGAGGUAUGUGCACUUUGGGGCAACAGAAAGAGGCCCAAGAAAUGCUGACUGAGAUGUUGGGGAACAACAUAACUCCUGACAUACAGACCUACAACAUAUUUAUUGAUAUUUAUUGUAAAGAUGGCAAGGUUGGUCAAGCAAAGGGCAUUUUUGAAUACAUGACUAAGAGAGGAUUGGUUCCUGAUAUCAUCACUUACAGCGCUCUGUUAGACGGAUAUUGUUUACGGGGUGAGAUGGAUGCGGCAGAAAAGCUUAUGGAUUUGAUGGUUGAAAAUGGUUGUAAACCUAAUGUAGUUACUUACAACAGCUUAAUCAAUGGCUAUUGCAAGUCUAAAAAUAUAGACAGAGCUCUUGGUCUGCUCCAAGAAAUGCAUUGCAACGGAUUAUCCUCUGAUGUUAUCACCUACAACACUCUUAUAGAUGCCUUGUGCAAGGACAAUCAGCUCAAGCUUGCACACCAGUUUUUCGAGGAAAUGGAAGCUCGUGGACUAAAGCCAAAUGUCAUCACUUGGAGCUCAUUGCUUGACGGCAUGUGUAAGAAUGGACAAAUUGACGAGGCAAUUACAAUAAUGAAGCAAAUGGAGAAUACUGGAGUGGUCCCUAAUAUUGUUACAUACAAUAUCCUAAUGGAUGGUUUGUGUGAUGCUAAACGCCUUAGAGAAGCAGUGGACAUCUUCUCCGUUCUUACAACUAAAGGGCUGCAUGAUGUGCGUGCUAACACCAUAAUGAUUAAAGGGUUUUGUAAAGAAGGGUUGCUCGUUAAAGCUGAUGAACUGUUGAAGAAUAUGGAGGACAAUGGAUGUUUUCCAAAUGAUUGUACCUUCAAUACAAUUAUUAGAGGAUUUAUAGAUGGAAAGGAUGUUAGGAGAGCUUUAGAGCUUGUCAGCUUAAUGAGAAACAAAGAGUUUGCUGCUGAUAAUCACACUAUAUUGUCAUUUGUGAGCUUACUCAGUGAUCCAAAUAUUGGUGAUGAAGACAGGGAAUUGCUGAAAAAGUUUUUAGAAAACUGAGCGAGCGAUUAUUAGGAAAAGUGAAAGGAGCAAUGACUAAAACAUAUAUGAUCAGCUGUGAUAGAGAUGUGUACACAGAUAUUGUGAAUGACUUGUGAAUCAAUUUGUAAGAGGUGCAAGGUCAUGAGCACAACUGGUUUUGAGAGGAAGAAAGAAACAAUGAGACUGGAUUUCGACAUGGUAGCUGAGUUAGUAACUAAUCAAACUGCACUACUUUUAGUCAUCUGAAGUGUUCAGAUUAGGAAACAAUGUUUAUACUUGGUUGGAAAAACAAUUUCAUUUACUAGAUUGUACAACCUCGGCUACUACAAAGAAGUAGUGUUUUGGUCGAUUCGAGUGUGAGGCUGAACCAAACCAAACCAACGGACCAACCCAACAAUAUGUUAAAUAAGGCUGCUCAAGUUAUAACAUUCAGUAAACAUCGAAAAUACUACCAAUAUAUUACAGUAAAGUAU